AUUUUGCGGUUUAAGAUUGAAAAGGUGGGGCUCCUUGGGUAGGAGGAGCUCCAGCUUUGUUCAAUUCAAGAUGGAGCCAGUGGAGGAGAAAACUGCUGCUGAAUAUUUAGAUAAGCUUGGAGCAGUGUUUCAUUAUGAUUGUUAUACAGAAAAAAAACCAGAAGGUUGUCAUCAAUAUGCAGAGUAUCUUAUUGUAGCAAAGAAGAAUCCUUCAAAAGCAUUUGAAGUAUUUAGCAACUGCUGUCAUCAAAUGAAAUUCUCUGAGAGCUGCCUUGCACUGGGUAACAUGUACUUGACUGGAAAUGGACCUCAUCCUAAAGAAUUUUCGAAAGCUCUACAGUUGUUUGAUACAGCAUGUGAACUAGGAUCAAUGGGUGGUUGCAAUAACAGUGGACUAGUCCAUCAAAAUGGGUACGAAGGACAACUACCAGACUACCAAAAAGCAUUGCAAUGCUUCCACAGAUCCUGUGAAGGAGGUUUCAAAAAUGGCUGCUUCAAUGAGAGUAUUAUUUAUCUGCAGGGAAAAGAAAAGGUCCCCAAAGAUAUGUCAAAAGCAUUAGAGUAUUCGCUGAAGAGUUGUGAGCUGGGUCAUCCAUGGGGCUGUGCUAAUGCUAGCCGUAUGUUAAAACUGGGAGAUGGUGGACUAGAGAGAAAUGAGAAAAGGGCAGAAGAGCUAUUGAAGAAAGCAAAACAGCUAAGCAACUUGAGUUGAAAGGAAGGCAUUUAUAAGUGUUAGAUCUAUGUUUAUGUGCAUGUAUGUAUAGUAUAUUGUUGUUUGUAGAAUAAUAGUAACAAUUUAAUUUUAAUAAGUAAUGUCAGCUGCUUAGCUGAGUAUUAAG